AUGGGUCAGCGCCUAAGCGAGGACUGUGACCCAGACAAGGAAAUUGAUGUGGCGGAGCUGCAGGAAUGGUACAAAAAAUUUGUCGUGGAGUGCCCGAGCGGAACUCUGUUCAUGCAUGAGUUCAAGGGGUUUUUCGGUGUUACUGACAACAAGGAGGCUGCAGAUUACAUUGAAAACAUGUUUCGAGCCUUUGACAAGAAUGGCGAUAACACCAUAGAUUUUCUGGAGUACGUUGCAGCGUUGAAUUUAGUCCUGAGGGGUAAACUGGAACAUAAGCUUAAAUGGACAUUCAAAAUGUACGAUAAAGAUGGAAGCGGAUGCAUUGAUAAAACAGAGCUUCUUGAAAUUGUGGAGUCUAUUUAUCGACUGAAGAAAGCCUGCCACGGAGAGCUGGAUGAAGAAUGCAAUCUGCUGACCCCAGACCAAGUGGUCGACCGGAUAUUUGAGCUGGUUGAUGAAAAUGGAGAUGGAGAGCUCUCGCUGGAUGAGUUCAUUGACGGAGCACGGAGGGACAAGUGGGUGAUGAAGAUGCUGCAUAUGGACGUCAACCCCGGGGACUGGAUCAAUGAGCGAAGACGCAGCUCUGACUUCUGAGGCUCGAAGA